AUGCAUGGCUACCAGAUAUUUGGCAUGGCCUACAGUUCACUGUGCUGGGAGAACCUGGAUACCAACAGAUGGACCAAUCCUGUGUCUUCCCCUCCAUUCAGAAGCUGCAAAGAAAUCAAGCAGAAGAUGACUGAAGCACAAGGUUUUGUGACCAGAGUUGGAGUGAACAAGAAUGACUGUGGACUGGUUCUCUCUACAGAUGGCCUCUAUUUCCUCCGCACGGAGAAUGGUGUCAUCUACCAGACCUUCUGUGACAUGACCACUGCAGGUGGUGGCUGGACCCUGGUGGCCAGUGUGCAUGAGAACAACAUGCUUGGAAAGUGCACAGCGGGUGAUCGCUGGUCCAGUCAGCAAGGCAACAGAAACGACUCCCCAGAGGGGGAUGGCAACUGGGCCAACUACAACACCUUUGGGUCUGUAGAGGGGGCCACAAGUGAUGACUACAAGAACCCUGGCUACUUUGACAUCCAGGCUGAGAACCUGGGUAUCUGGCAUGUGCCCAACAAUAGCCCUCUGAAAAAGUGGAAGAAGAGCUCCCUGCUGAGGUACCGCACAUUCAGUGGCUUCCUGAAUCAGCUGGGCCACAAUCUGUUUGGCCUGUACAAGAAGUACCCGGUGAAAUAUGGAGCCGGGAAGUGUUGGACUGACAAUGGCCCAGCAAUACCUGUGGUCUAUGACUUUGGUGAUGCUCAGAAGACAGCCUCUUAUUACUCCCCCUUUGGCCAGAGUGAGUUUCUGAUGCUUCUAUGA